AUAUAUGUACAUUUCACCAUAAAAACUGAUCUUCAAUGACCAAAAAUAUCUUGUUUGGAUCUUAAUUAUUCAGACGUACUUAACCUAAUAUCUGCAUAAAUCAAAUCAAGGAACCUACAGUGCUUCAAAUCAUUUCUUCCAGUUAAUCCUGUUGGAUGCUUUGUUUUUAUGAGGGUUCAACUCACUGGCUUCUGUGCAGAUAUUUAAGAAUAAACUUAUUUGUAAAAGUGAGAAGAUGGGACAGAAAGGGGAAACAAACUUAAAAGAAAAAAAAUGGUUUACUAUUGAUGGAUCUAUUUUUCUCACAAAUCUAUGCAUCAGGGAGGGAAAUACCACAAACUGUUUUUAUGCUUGUUAUUUACACUCUAUGCAAAUGCAAAAUAGGAGGUAUCAGAUAUAUAUGUGUACUAUUUAAGUGAUAAGUAAUAUUCUAAAAGAGUAAUAAAAAAGAAGAAGCAGAGAAACAGAUAACUGAAACAUUCACAAUUAAGAUCAAAUCAAGCAAAAAAAAAUAUUCACCCAAUAACAAUACACCUGUUUUGAUUGGGUGGCUUCAGGCCCAGUGUUGUUCAAAUGACCAAAUGAAAUGGGUCGCAAAGAAACCUAUUAUCUGCACAUGUUGAAUUGCGACUCAAUGGCUCAGCAAGGCAUCAAAGUGAGGCCUGUCCUGCUGAAAAGGAACAGCCUGGAUUCGGUUGAUUUUAGGAGACAUCCACACCAUCGCAGAAGCAAAUCACAACAAGUCCGAUUUAAAGAGGAUGGAGCAGAUAAUCCAACAGUUGUAGAAUCAGAGCUGGAGGCAGGAGAUACCCAAGAUCCAUGUGUAUUGGAUACAAUACAAACCUCCCAAGCCCAUAACUUAGUAAACGAUUCCCUCUGUUUGCCGCCAUCUUGCAAAGGAUUACAAAAUAUUGCCAUACAGACUUCUCCAAGCCUCAGGAAGCAUUUUCCAGUGUUUAAAAAGAAAAGAAUUACAACAAGCAAGUCUCUAACUGAAAUGCCAAAAGAGUCUGAAUAUGCUUUUCAAGUCAAUGGCAAUCUUUCUCAACAGGACAUUAUCUCGUCUAGUCUCUCUUACUUGAGUAUCACUCAGCAUUUAAAUGAUGGGCCAAAAGCAACAGCAAAUACUUUUUUCCGAAGGGUACCUAAAGCACAAAGCAAUGGCCCUGUCCAUUUGGGUUCUGAUCAACUUGCAAUAUUAGAAACAGCCACUGUUUCUACCCAGGUCCCUGAAUAUGCACACCUGGGUUCUACACUAGACAAUUUUUCCAUUUAUCCAGACAUACAAGUGGACUUAAGGACCUCCACUGAUCCUUCUCCCACUAAGAGGGAAUCUGAGGAAAUCUGUUCUAUGCUAGUGGAAUCUGAAAACCUGACUUGUGUAAGUCAGAACUGUAAUGAUGCGCAAAUGGGUCAGAAUUUGUGUGAAGAGAAAUGCUACACUGAGCUGCCAUCUAAGAAUGACAUUAGCGCUAAGGAAAACUUUCUCCCACUGUCUCAGUUUCACCACAAUCCUUUACCCUGCUCUCUCCCAGAGCCUCAGCAGUCAGUACAACUGCAAGUAGACACUGGCUCUAAGAUACAGAUGAAUGACAACCAAACGACAUUAUUCACUAUCAACAGUGUGUCACCUCUUAUUCCCUCUUGUCAAUCUGUAACAGAAAACAUUUCCACUAAUACCGAAGUGCCACAGUACAAAAACUGCUUAGAAGACUUUCACAUAAAUGCCUAUCUUUCAGGGGCUGAAACAAAAUCGGAAAAGAAAGAGAUUAAAGAAAUUAAUCAAAUUCAUUUGGCACACACUGAACUCUGUGCCCUACAAGGCAGACUUCAGUCCGUGGAGGAAUCUUUGCUGUCAAACCAGGAGAAGAUUAAAGUCCUCUUGAAUGUAAUUCAAGACAUGGAAAAGGCCAGAGCCCUCAAUGAAGGACGGAACUUCUAUCGCACUGGCCAAGAUCUCAACAACUGCAGCACUUGCCAGAACACCGCAUGUAUCAUUUACAGUGUAGAAUAUGACUUCAGACAACAAGAAGAUAGAUUUCACCAAGUUUUGAAAGCAUUGGAUCAAGUGGAAGAGAGUCCUGUUUUGGUGACACUACAAAGACAGCCAUCUGAUCAUCCAGUCCCUGAGAAACAGGAAAUAAGAAGAAAGGCGAAGAAAAAGAAAUGCUUCUGGUGGAUUUGAAAACUUUAAAAGAUGGUAUCAAACUUAAGAUUUAGUCUAUAUCACUCUUGGCCCAUCGUGCAUAGACUUUACAUGUAUGAUCCUCAUCUUCUCACAUGCUCUGAUUUUCUUCAUUUAUUGAUUUGCGGUAAUUCUGCUUUGCCAUGAUUCCAAUUUUGGGAUACAAAAAUAAUGUCAGCUAGGAAGUAAGGGAAAUAUCAGAGCAUGCGGUCCAUUCAGGAAAAUAAAGAUUUAUUUAAAUGCAGUGUGAGCCAAGCAUUAUUGCGUGGUUGUGGCAGCGGUGGUAAUAGUGGUGGUAGAUAUAUUGGUCAGAAAUAUGCCUUUUCUAAAUCCAUAUUGAGCUUAAUCUAAAAAAGUUAAAACUCAUACAAUGUAAUGAGAAAACCACUCACUUGGUAUUCAGAUCUGUUCUGUUCUGAAACAGGACAAGCAGGCCAGUAAAAUGAAGCCUUACCUGUCCUUCUUUCCAUAACUUCCUUACCAAGCAAUUCUGUCAUCUGAACAUAACACGAGUAUGAUAGAAAUAGGAACUUGUUUAGCCAACUUGAUUCAGGAUUUUCUGGAGCUGACAGGUUUCUCUUUAUAGUUAUUUUUUAAUAGCUUUGUUCCCUGACAAAUUGCUUUAUAGCAAUUCUGUAUCGAUUGUACCAAAGUGCACCUAACAUAUUUUUCAUAAUGUAUUUGUUUUAAAUAAUCAAAGCUAGCAGUCAGCAAAAAUGUUGAGACAGCAAAUAUGUUAAAAUGUUAAGAAAUAACUUUUUUUUUAUUCCAGCUUAAAUACCGAAUUUUAUUAGAGAAAACGUAGCUUUGGGGUGAAAGCCCUAUAUAACUGUAGAAAUCCAUCAAAGUCAUAGCACUCCUCUUAAAACAAAAAGCAUUGAACUAUUAAUACUUAAACAUUUUGUUUAAAAAAAAAACGUACUCUAAAAUUAGUAUACAGGUAGUCCUCAACUUAUGACAACAAUUGUGCCCAAAAUUUAAGUUGUUCAGUGAGAAAUUAGUUUGGUGAGUUUUGCUCCAUUUUACAACUUUUCUUGCCACAUUGGUUAAGUGAAUCACUGCAAUUGUAA